CCGCUCUAGCCCCGCCUCGCUGUCUCUAUGCUCCCUGGGAGGUGUCAUGGCAGCCCUGCGCUCUCUCCUGCUGCUGUCGGUGUCCCUGGCGCUCUGCGCGGCCGUGUAUGAGGACCAAGUGGGCAAGUUUGACUGGAGGCAGCAAUAUGUGGGUCGCCUGAAGUUUUCAUCAUUGGAAUCUGGACAGGGAGCAAAAAAGCUGAUUGCAGUAACAGAGAAGAAUGUCAUUACAGCCUUGAAUUCCAGAACAGGAGAUAUUUUGUGGCGCCAUGUCGAUAAGGACACCUCUGAGGGUUCUGUGGAUGCCCUUCUUAUGUAUGGUCAGGAUGCAAUCACUAUUUCUGGAGGGCGCUUGCUGCGUUCCUGGGAAUCAAACAUUGGAGCUCUGAACUGGGAAACUGUACUCGAGCCAGCAACUUUUCAGAUGGUGAGUUUUGCUGGUACACAGGAGACAGCUCGUUAUGUGGCAGUAUUGAAGAACUCUUACAUUGCACUCUACUUCCUUUCCAAUGGACACCAAAAGUGGUCUGAGCCUCUCCCGGACAGUGAUACUGUGCAAUACCAGCUGCUGCACUCCUCUUAUAAAGGCGUCGUCCACGUGGUAGGGAUCGUCCCUCAUUCACACAUCAGUGUUCUGACAUUCAGCGUGGAGGAUGGAUCUAUCAGUAGCCGGGUUCAGGUGCCCACACCGUGGCUUUCCAGCCUGCAGGGCUUCUGUGGUGUGGUCGGAGAUGGUGUACUGAUUUGUGCCGAUGCAGUGUCUGUUUCACUCCACAUUCUUCCUUUGCAGUCUGGCGAGGAGAUGAUUAAGUAUCCACUGCAGUCCUUGGGUGUGGAACUGGUGGAAGACAUCAAGCAGUUGAGUGUUAUAACCGCCCCUCGUGGACCCGUGGGGAUGGCACUAUCACAAUUCUUCAUUCAGAUCACCCCCAGGCGAUUCUUAUUAAUGCAGUAUCGAGAUGGAACAGUCAGCCCACUGCGGGACUUUCCACAGAUUUCUUUGGUGACAUUUGCUUCCACGGCAGACAAGACGGUAGCAGCUGUUAUGCAGUGCAAGACUGAUAUGAAAUCCCAUCCUGAGACUGAGAAUCCAGCAGGUCAGAGCUGUGUCCAGGAGCCUUGGCAUUGUCCUGGGCAGACUUACACCAUCAACCUGUACUUGGCAGAGAGUGGGCGACGUCUCUUGGAGACUACCAUGACAUUCACAUUGGAGCAGAAUUGCGUGCGACCAGACAGUUUGUACCUACAGCUUUUUCUGAAGAAGGAUGACUCUGUAGGUUAUCGAGCCUUAGUCCAGACUGAGGAUAACCAGCUCCUAUUCCUUCAGCAGCCAGGUAAAUUGCUCUGGUUGCGUGAGGAGUCUCUGGCGGAUGUGGUUACCAUGGAAAUGGUGGAUUUACCACUAACUGGUGCUCAGGCAGAGCUAGAGGGCGAGUUUGGCAAGAAAGCAGAUGGAUUGCUUGGAAUGUUUUUCAAGCGUCUGUCAUCACAGCUCAUAUUACUGCAGUCUUGGAGCGCUCACCUGUGGAAGAUGUUCUGUGAUGCCCGCAAGCCACGUAGUCAAAUCCGCAGCGAGAUCACCAUUGAUACUUUGGCCAGGGAUGACUUCAAUCUGCAGAAGAUGAUGGUCACGGUGACUUCCUCUGGGAAGCUCUUUGGGAUUGAGAGCAGUUCUGGCAGCAUCCUGUGGAAAUUUUACCUGCAAGGUGUGCAUGCUGGCUCCUCAUUCAAGCUGCUAAUACAGAGAACAACUGCACAUUUCCCUCAUCCCCCUCAGUGCACACUUGUAGUGAAGGACAAGGAGACGUCUGUGAGCUCGCUAUACGUUUUCAACCCUAUAUUUGGGAAACUAAGCCAGCUGACUCCUCCUCCUCUGCCGCGCCCCAUCAUGCAGUCCUUUCUCCUUCCCAUUAUGGAUCAUGACUACGCCAAGGUGCUACUUCUCCUCGAUGAUCAGCACAAGGUCAUCACCUUCCCUGCCACAAAGUAUGUUCUGCAGCAGCUGCAGGAAUUGUCCCCCACCGUCUUCUUCUAUUUGGUAGACUCUGAAAAAGGCAAACUAACAGGGCUUCGGCUGCACAAGGAUCUUUCCACAGAGGAGAUUUGGGAACUGGUUCUCCCCCCAGAUCUUCAGAAAAUCACUGUUGUGAAGGGAAAGCGAUCUAAUGAGCAUGUUCACUCCCAGGGCCGAGUGAUGGGUGACCGGAGCGUCCUUUAUAAGUACCUGAAUCCCAACCUGCUGGCUGUGGUGACAGAGAGCACGGACACGCACCCCGAGCGCUGCUUUAUUGGAAUCUAUCUCAUAGAUAGUGUCACAGGACGUAUCAUUCAUUCGUCUGUACAGAGAAGAGCUCGGGGCCCGGUGCAGAUUGUGCACUCUGAAAACUGGGUUGUGUACCAGUCCUGGAACAGCAAGUCUCGCAGGAAUGAACUGACUGUCCUGGAGCUGUUUGAAGGAACAGAACAGUAUAACAGCACUAAUUUCAGCUCCUUGGACAGGCCUCACCUUCCACAUGUCCUGCAGCAAUCCUACAUCUUUCCUUCUGCUAUCCGUGCACUCCAGGCAACUAUCACAGAACGUGGCAUUACCAGCCGCCAUAUUCUCAUUGGGCUGCCGUCUGGUGCUAUCCUGUCUCUCCCCAAAGCGUUACUGGAUCCACGCCGUCCUGAGAUUCCGACAGAAUACACUAGGGAGGAGAAUUUGAUCCCGUAUACCCCUGAUAUUCAGAUUCACGCAGAGCGCUUUAUAAAUUACAACCAGACUGUUUCUCGAAUGCGUGGAAUUUACACAGCUCCCUCUGGCCUAGAAUCAACUUGUCUGGUUGUAGCUUACGGCUUGGAUAUGUACCAGACCAGAGUUUAUCCUUCCAAGCAGUUUGACGUACUAAAAGAUGAUUACGAUUACAUCUUGAUCAGCAGUGUACUGAUUGGACUGGUUUUUGCCACUAUGAUCACAAAGAGACUUUCUCAAGUUAAAAUGCUGAACCGGGCCUGGCGCUAACACAAUUAAUUAGAUGGAGAGCAAGCUCUUCGUACAAGGCAUCUUUAUGCAAGGAAAUGGACACUAGGUUCUGAUCAUCUUCAGUGAAUUAGUAAUUUAUUAUUCACAGAAAAAAAAGAAACUUCAAAGGGUCAUCAGGGAUAUUUGAUGACCGGGAGAAGGACUGAUAUCACUUGAAUUUAUUUGAUACCACAGCUCAUAUUUCUUGCCCCUUAUUCUAUUGUCUGACCUGCGCUGCCGUCAUACAGUUAAUUAUCGCCUUAGCGAUUUGUCCAUGGUUCAAAUCCUUUUUUAUUUUUUCUGGACCACAUUGUCAUUUCCUCAUCUGAUCGUAAAGCUGCACAGUCAUGUUUUUCUUUUUUUCUUUGAUUUCCCGUCUAUGUUAAUGGUUAAAUUCCCCUCUUGCCAAUCUUUAAU